AUGCUGAAGAAUGACCAGCUGGUCUAUAUUGGCCUGGAGCUCGUGAUUGCCUGUCUGGCUGUGGCCGGGAACAUCCUGGUAUGCUGGGCCGUGUGUCUCAACUCCAACCUACAGAGCAUCACCAACUUGUUCGUGGUGUCACUGGCGGCGGCUGACAUUGCUGUGGGCCUGCUGGCCAUUCCGUUUGCCAUUUCUAUCAGCACUGGCUUUUGUGCUGACUUUCACGGAUGUCUCUUCAUCGCUUGCUUCGUACUGGUGUUGACACAGAGCUCCAUCUUUAGCCUGCUGGCAAUCGCAGUAGAUCGAUACAUCGCCAUCAAGAACCCACUCAGGUACAACAGCUUGGUAACAGGCCACAGGGCAAAGGGCAUCAUUGCAUUUUGCUGGCUCCUCUCAAUAGGCAUUGGCCUGACACCAAUGCUGGGCUGGAACAAAAGAUUGAAGUCCACCUCCACUGCCUCCAGCACCUGUCCCGAAGGCUUGACCGAGUGCCUCUUCGAGGGAGUUGUUACGAUGGACUACAUGAUUUAUUUCAACUUCUUUGGCUGCGUGAUGCUGCCCCUAGCGGUGAUGCUGGUGGUCUACGUUCAUAUCUUUAUGGCUGCCCGGCGACAGCUCCGCCUGAUGGGCCUGAAAAAGAUCAGUCCUGCGCCCUCUGCUGCAGAAAAACCAUCAUCCUCGUUUCGCUCUACUUUCCAGAAGGAGGUGCACGCCGCCAAAUCCCUUGCUAUCAUCGUGGGCCUUUUUGCCUUUUGUUGGCUCCCCGUGCACAUCAUCAACUGUUUCAACUACUUGUGCGACAGCUGCCAGCGUCCGCACAUCUGGGUGAUGAACAUCGCCAUCAUCUUGUCCCACGCCAACUCCGUAGUUAACCCCUUCAUUUACGCCUAUCGCAUCCGGGAGUUCCGACAGACUUUUCGGAGGAUUCUACGCCAACACAUUCUCGGCCAGCGAGACGGCCACGGUGUCCGGGUCGGGAGCGCCGAUGGCCGAGACGCAAGGAGCAGCAGUAUCAAGCGGACUUCCUCACACAUCAGUAAAGACGAUUCAUCGUGCGGCACUACGGUGAACAGUUACAUCCUUGACUCCAAUCAGUGGGCGUCGACGUUGGACGGUCUACCAAACAGUUGUAUACCCACUGGAAACCUAACAGUGCAACAGCAGCAGUGCACAUAUCCUGAAGGGACCAAAAAAGUGGAAGAGAGAGAGAAUGGAAACUGUAUUUUCUUUGUCAAUGUUCAAGGUCUCUCCUACUGCCAUAACCGCGCUAUAGAAUUAACAGAAGUGUCAUAA